UGAGACCGAAAAGUCUCAAAUCACUUCACUUCAGUUAGUCUCUGGAGUCCAAAAGUGUUGUCUGCAUCGUAUGUGAAAAUUAAAUUCACAUCGAUCUGCAUAAAAUAUGACGAUUAAAGUUUAUGUCUCCGGUAUUUGUGGAAGCCAUGAAGUAAGGAAACAACAGCAGAGGGUCUUGUUCAUACUUCAGAGUUUACCUAUUGAUUUGCAAGUUAUUGACAUUACAGAACCAGGAAGAGAUGAGGAUUUGACUUACAUGCAAGAAGAAGCUAAGAAACAUAAUAAAAGUACACAACUGCCACCUCAGAUAUUUAAUGAUGACAAGUAUUGUGGGGACUAUGCUGAUUUUGAACUGGCAAAUGAUGAUGAUGUUAUUAUGAGUUUCUUAAAACUUGAAGACAGUUCGGAAAAGAAAGUUGAAACUGCCGGUGAUGUUAUUACACAAAAUGGCAUUGGUAACCAUGAGAGAGAAGACGUGGAUAAGCAUGAUUAAAUGCCAACUCCCAUCAUCAACUGCAGAAGAAAAUGUCUUAUUAACAUAGUUGCAUGAAUUCUAACUCUUCCUCAUUUGUGGCUUUGGCUCAGCUUAAGCAUAUUUAAUGAGCAGAUCAAAUAUUUUGAUUGGAAAGGAAUCAAAAGUUUAAUAGUUUUCAUAUCCAUGCAUUUCAAAAUUUAUUUUUCUUCCAUACAAAGAAAAAAAAUUCAUGAAAUUUUUCAUAUCCUGUGAUAUUUUAUGAUGGAUUAAACGAAAAAUGUUUUCCAUUAUAUUAAGCAUCAUAAAUUAUAUAAGCUCUGUUGCAUGUUUAACUAACUAUAUAUUCUACUGCUGGCAGUAGUUUUUAUAAUAUAUUUUGUACAUAUAUGUAUGUAAAUUAGAUCAGGACACAAAAUUUCUGAGAAUCAUAUGUGGUAAGUUAUUUAACAUUAAUAAUUAUUGGAGCCGGUGGUUGAAGUGUGGAGGACUUUCAUUUAAGAAAGUUAAGUUAGACUUCAUGUUUGUUUAACAAUAAAUUUACCUUUUAUCAGGGUACUUUCAUGUAAGCAUUUCUUAUUUUGAAAUUGAUUGUAGUAAAAAUUAUAUAUGUGAUAUAUAUUGUAUAGAUUGUGUAUGGGCAUUUUAUUUUGAAAUAUGUGAUGAAUUAUUUUUAUUAGUAGGUAUUUUUCCUUAAUAUCUAUAUUGAAACAUAAUGAUAUUUAUAACAAAUUUAAAAGCAAUUUUAAUUAAAUAAAAGCAAUUAUAUUUUUCAAACUUCUGAAGAAUAGUUAAUUAUUACUGUCAACUGAUAGCCAACAUUUUUGGUGUGAUAACUACCUUUACAAGAAAUUUUGUGUCCUAAGUAAAGUUAUAUUUAAACAUAUUCUCUGCACAGGCCUAUUUUUAUUUUGAAUCCCGCUGUGUGGGGUCUGAGCAUAAGGUAAAACUUUUUUUAGCUCUUAAUCAAUUUUUAAAAAAUCUUAUAAUUAUUUAUUUCUUUUUAGUUUUCAUUUAAAAAAAUAUUUUAUGUGGCAUUAUUAUUUACUGAAAUUCUCAUACAAGGAGUUAUAAAGGUUAGUUCUUAUUCAUAAUUAAUAUAUGUGAGUGACACAGAUGGUACAUUUUUGGUAUCUGAUUGAAAUUUGUUAAUUGGCCUGAGACAUUAUUACAGUUUCUCACGGUAUUACAAAAUGUGUAAGUGACUAAUUUUACAACUCCUAUUACGAUGAGGUACUGUCCUUAUAAUUCCUUUUUGUUUUUCUUUUCUUUUUUAUUUGAAAAUCAGGUUUUACUUUUUUCUUAUAUGGAAUAGCUCUGACCCCUGAAUGCUCAAAAUAUUCAAAAAUGUUUUCUUAUAUUUAUAUAUUUGUUUUUGAUAUUCUUAGUGCUUGCCAAUAUUUGUUUUGUGAAAUUUUUUUUAGAAUCAAGUUUUAAGUAUCCCUCCAUAUAUAUAUUAAGCAGUAGAAUACUGUAAUGUAUUUUUAUCAUUGAUAUUUUAUUCAUGACUUGAAUGUAAAUAAAAGUAAUAAAUCCAUUGCAAUUGAAAUUCCCUUAAAAAAAUUUUUUUUUUACCUUUAAAAAAAGUCCUCAAUUGUUUACACUAAACCUUUUUAGUAGACUUUAUGUAACACUAGUGUUAAACACAUUUUAAACUGUACUUACUUUUUCUUAUACUUUUAACUUUUUGUAAUAUAUAAAUGUAAUUUGAUACGAAUUAUUUUAGAACUAAAAUUUUUUGUAAUUUAUAUUAUUUAAUAAUGUUGAUCUUAGUAAUGAAAUUAAAUGUUAAAAAAUUGCUUGUUACCAUUCAUAAUGAUUCAUUUGCAUAAACUAGUUAUUGUUUAAUAUAUUAUGUAUUUCUGAGUUUACUUUUAUUCUAUAAAAAAUUCUAUUUCUGCUUGUUCUAUUAAAAGAAUUAUAAGCAUUGCCUCUAACAUGCACGCACUUUUUGGUUUUAAACGUUUUCUUUUAUUGUUUGACUAAUCCAUAGAAUUGUUAAUAAAAUAUAAGC